CAUCACUAUUUAACAGUUGUCCGGUGAAGUUUCGUUUCGAGUCCCACAGUGGUUUGGAAUUAGUUUUUACAAAAUAUAUUUUCAAUAACAGUAAAGUGCUACAAAUCUUUUUAAUCGUUUGAUAAUGUGUUAUAAUUUUAGUGUUGAUUACGUGUAUUAAUUGAUCAGUGCGUAGCAGUUAUUAAUGUGUUUACGAUCUUUGAAAUGUUCCCUGACAUCGAGUUACUUAAUAAUCUCACAAUUAUGUCGUCGAUCCGAUAACGGGAGUUUGAAAAUUUCUUAUGACAUCACUUAAGUAAAGCUUAGAACACUAAUUUAACAUGUGACUUUAUGUGAUAUUGAAACAAUAAUUUUUUUUGUAAUAUUUUAUUUGAUUGUGUUUAUACCUAUGCUGUUCAAUGGAUACCGACAAUAACAAAAUCACAAAGAAUAAAUCGAAGCGUAAUAGGAACAAAAAUGCGAAGAAAAAAGAAAUGGAGAGAAAAGACGAGGUGGGCGUAGAUGUGGUUGAAUGUGACGUUAAGGAGAUCGAUAAUGAAGUUAAUAUAAGUGGAUCACCAAGCUCAACGGAUAGCGAAGAUCUAGUCAAUGCCAUCAACUACAACACCAUAACGUCGUUAGCUGCUUUGAAAGAUAUAAUCCAAGGGGAGAACAAUGACACUCCGGAAACGGACAGCUUUUUUCAACAUUAUUUUAUGAACCAUUGUAAUAAUUUAUCCAGCCGAAAUUCUAGUUCUACAUCACCUUUUCCUUAUACUGAGCGGAGACGUCUCUCGCAAUGCCGCGAGGAAGAUGAAGACGAUUAUAAAAAAGAUAAUUCUGUUUCAAAUUCACCAUCUAAAGCUUUACAAUUUUCAGAUUCUAACAAAAAUGACAAUAAAUUGAACAAAUCCCCACAUAGAACUGAAAGUCUGAAUAAAGACAAUAAGUUAACAGAAAAUAAAGCUCAGUUAGAGGAGACAGACUCUUCAAAGAGGACGGUAAUGGGAGCAAAACAUAAGUUUUUAGUAACGACAACGGAAACUCCACCAGCAAAACUAGAGCGUGCUUUGCGAACACAAGUUAACAACGCCCACACAGUUCAUUUUGGAACAAAGGGCGCAGAGGAGUUAAGACCCAGUGUAAGAUCAAUAUUUGCUGGCGAAAAUCUCCACCGCGACAAAAAUUAUUUCGAUAGCAGCUUGAUAGAAAUAAGAUCAACAGUAGACGGAGUAGCGACAAGCUCAGAAGAUAUUUGGGUCAAGAGGACUAGUGACAGACAAGUUGUAUCGCCGAAGGAAGAGAUAAAUAAAACUGACGAUGAAGGAAAGAACAGACAAGCGAUAGAUACACCAAAACCAGAUAAAGUGGAAGCACAACGCGUGAGAUCGGGAACUUGGGGCUCGCAAUCACGCAAAGAAAAAGAUAUAAUCAAAAUAACCGAUGUUCAAAAAUUGAAGGAUGUUCGACGGAGCAGCGAUGACAGACGCCAAAAGAGAGAGCAACGAUUGGACGCAGCUAUCACAAGAAGCACGCAAUCGGUGGGAGAACGCAGGCGACGAGGGUCCGCAGACGAUGGUCAUUCGCAUCAGUUUUAUCAACAGACGAUACAUGGAACCUCCGGGGUGAGUCGCAGACCGGCUUUGUUUGAUAUUUUCAAAUCACGUCCGCGCGGCGCCGAUUCUAAGAAACCACCGAGUUUCAUGCAACAAGUGAAAAAUGCUAUGCAGAACAUGACCAAGUCGAAUGCUAAAGAACCGAGUAAAACGGAUACAAAACAGGAUUUGACGAAACACGAUGGUGCUGUGACCUCGACUAACGCAUCUUCGAGCAAAGUUAAGGAUGGCUCUGCGCACCCGCACCCUGGCAGUGACACUAAGUACUACCACACAAUUACCGUUCCGAGCAAUCGAAGACCUAGCGCUAUCAAUAAGGUGAUGGAUCUAUUCAGAGGGCGAGCCUCCAUACCGGGACAGCCAGCUGAAGCAACAGAGAAAAAGCGGACGAGGGCGGUAGCUCAGCCACAUCACCAUGCAGGUGCGCACCUCCGCCGCACCACCUCGCAGGACGCAGAGAGGCGGCGUUCGUCUCUGGGAAACGUGCCGGCUGCGAGGCACCGCGCCUCUGAUGCUUCGUUGGACCCUCACCACGCCGCCAUAUUGUUCCGCGAUGCAAGAGGGUUGCCAGUAGUGGAUCCCUUCCUGGAAAAAGUUAAUCUAUCUGAUUUAGAAGAGGACGAAUCGCAGAUUUUCGUGAAGUUCUUCAAGUUCCACAAGUGCUACGAUCUGAUCCCGACGUCGGCGAAACUCGUCGUUUUCGAUACACAAUUGCUUGUCAAGAAGGCUUUCUUCGCCCUUGUGUAUAACGGUGUUCGUGCGGCGCCGCUAUGGGACUCCCAAAGACAGCAGUUCAUAGGCAUGCUGACGAUCACCGACUUCAUAAAGAUCCUGCAGAUGUACUACACCAGCCCAGACGUUACUAUGGACGAGCUGGAAGAACACCGACUUGAGACUUGGCGCCAGGUCCUAAAGGGAUCAGUGGUGCCUCUAGUCUCCAUCGGGCCGGACGCGUCUCUGUACGAAGCCAUCCGGAUGCUGAUCAUGAACCGGAUCCAUCGGCUGCCGGUGAUCGACCCGGAGACCGGCAACGUGCUUUAUAUACUCACACAUAAGAGGAUAUUGAGAUUCCUCUUCUUAUACAUAAACGAGCUGCCGAAGCCCAAGUACUUGCAGAACAAACUGCGCGAUCUGAAGAUCGGCACUCUGAACAACAUCGAGACGGCGACCGAGGAGACCUCGAUCAUAGAAGCCCUGAGGAAGUUCGUCAAUCGGCGCGUCUCAGCGCUCCCACUCAUCGAUGCUGAGGGCCGGCUCAAGGACAUUUACGCCAAGUUCGAUGUUAUUAAUUUGGCUGCCGAGAAGACGUACAAUAAUUUGGACGUAACACUAAAGAAGGCCAACGAGCAUCGCAACGAGUGGUUCGAAGGCGUACAGAAGUGCAAUCUGGAUGAAACACUCUUUGAAGUUAUGGAGAGGAUCGUUCGGGCUGAGGUCCAUCGUCUGGUGGUCGUCGACGAGGAGGACAAAGUGACCGGCAUCAUAUCGCUCUCGGACCUCCUGAUGUAUCUCGUGCUGCGUCCCACCGGCGAGUGCGAGGGCGCCAGCCUGCGCAACGAGCACGCGUCCAUCGAAGAGCGGGACGAAGCUAGCGACACCAACGCGCCGGACAGGGAUAGCGAUACCGCCGAUACGCAACCGGAGACAGACGAAAACGUCCGAGGAACAGACGCAACUGCCACCAGUCAAGGGGAAUGCGUGGCGUAGAUUGGCGUAGUGCGUUCUUUGUACGGUUUCGUAACGGUUCUUCAGUGCAUUGUUAGGAAACCCGGCGGUGUUUGGAAUUUCACGUUCAAUUUUGCUAUAGAGCUUUUUAUGUGUACCUAUAUAAUGAUUGAAUCCUUGAAAUUUUUUCUACAUAUCAUAAAAUUUUUAACCGCUUUUGUGAUAUCGCAACAUGCGGGAGUUGUUCAUGUGAUUGUAUUCGACAUAAUUAUUCUAUUUCAAUCUUGUUCACUUUUACGAUUUAAAAGUAAUAAGAGAGACUAUACAAAUGGUGAAUUUACUUUUUUUUUUCGUUCAAUUUUUACGGCAGUAAUCUUUUUAUUUCGAUUCAAAAUUAUUAUACCACCUUCUAUUUUUAUACGCCAUGUUAUUACUCCCUUUCAAUUGUAAAUAGCUUACACAAUGAAAAUUUCAAUGUAGUUUAUAUAUAUUAUACAUGCAUAUAUGGACAUUGUAUCGGCCAGUCCGUGUAGUAGUUAUUCAGUGUAUUAUGUAUAGAAAUAUGAAUAAACUUUGAUGUUAGAACUUAUGUACCUUCUACUAAGUGUUUGUCAUUAAAUGUUGCAAACCUCUUAGCACAAAAAAUUAUUUUAGUAAUUACAAUUUACCGUGGGAUAUGCACAAAUUAUAAGUGUUCCCAAUAUAAUAUAUGCGUGUAUUUGGAACUGUUUACCUACUUUAUUAAACUGUUAUAAAAUAGUAAUUGAUAAUAUUGGAAAACAAUAUUAACUUCAUUCAAAUGAAAAUAAAUUGUCUUUGUCGUGUCACUUCGCAAUUGUUCUAUCAACCUGAUAUAAAUAAGGUUAAAAUAUAUUAACCUUAGUGCAUACUACAUUCGGUGUGAUAAAUAAGAGCGAGAUAGCAUGAUAUUUGUUAUUUUCACUUUAAACUUGAAAUAUAACUGUAACUACUUGGUUAUAAUCGUUUAACACAAUAACCUAACGAAAUAGAUAUGUAUAUGUUUUGUAAUUAAAUAAGUCGAGCUAAUGAGAUUUAUGUUGUGCAUUUUAUUUUUCUUUAUUAAAUUAAUUCAUGUUUUUAAAAUUAACUCUCACUUACACAGUCAUUCCCGUUUUGGGUAUACCAAUGAUUUGUAAAUCAGCGUGCAAAAAUAUUUUGUUUUCGUGAUUUUUUUGUGAUUUAGUUUUUGUCCACCUGUAAAUGUAUUUUUUUUGUAUAUAAAUUUAAUGGUUAAUAUACCGACAUCUAUGCACAAAUACAACGAUGAUGCGUUUCAGAACGUCUCAUUAUGUUUAACACAAUAUAUUAUAAGGAAUAAACAAAAAUGUAAUGCUUCAUUCUAGACUAGGGUAAUCGUUUAUUUUUUUUUUUUUUAUGUAUUUAGUUACAAAAUUCUGUAAAAGGCCUGCGUGUGCAAUAAAGUUGAUCAAAUAUUUUGUUUUUUGUAAGACAUAAUUUCAUUAUUUUAUAUGGAUAAAAAUCAUCAGUAGGUACUUAAUGUUUGUGUUGUGAUAAUAUGUACAAGGCUUAACUUAUGUAUAUUCACUUCUCUUAAGUAAAUUAAUACCUGUUUUGUGGCCUGCAUGUACUUUAUUAUAGGAAAGAUAUGUUUUGACACUAUCUAUGGCUUCUAUGUAUUCUAUUAUAUCUAUGUUCCCUUAUAAAGGAUUUUAAUAUUUCUAGUAUUGAAGGGUCAUUAGCUUUGUCUUUGAUACAAUGUACGUGUAGUUAUACAUUUGUCUUGGAUAUAAUAUAUGUUUAAUUUAAAUUAUAACACGUCAUAGUGUGUAUGGCCAAACCUACAUAGUUUUUAACCCGGAUACGGAUAUUUUGAUGUACUAUAAAUAUACAUAUAUCGAAACUUUUGAUAUAAAUAUUUUUUUCUUUAUAUUUGAUGUAGAGUUCAACUUCACAAAGGCGGAUUUUUGUGUUUCAACUUUGUCUUUGACCAAUGAAAUUGUUAUUCGAAACUUGUUAUACAAAAAAGCAUAUCAUUCACUAUGUAAAACAUAAAGCAAUCAGUUUUUUUAUGGUGAAUUCAUAAUUUAAUAAUAUUGUCCCAUUCGUAUUAACAAGUUACGUACCUAUAACGUUUCUAUAAAAUAUUCCUUAUUCCCACAGCGCAAAGUCGACGGUCGUCCGCCCGUCGCAAGAAUUCAGAUCGAGAUCUGAAGUGAAUACAAAAAACUAAAGCUCAUGUGCGUUAUAAGUAUUAUACAUGUUAAUAACUUAUGUUAGAGUAACGUAGCGAUAAAUGUAGACGUAACGUGAGUAACAUACGUAUGAGGUGAAUGUGAGACUCAAUUAUUUGGAUAUCUUUAAACCUUGUUAGAUGUAAGUAUGGUAAGAAGCGCAAAUUGUUCGCGUUUUUUGAGAAUAAAUCUUGAUUCCGUGUAA